AUGUGGACAAGAAUUAUUUUUGUCGUUUUAUCUACCACUCUUUAUGCAUUGCAAAUUCCAUUAAUCCCUCCGGGUCAGGAUCCAUUCUACUUAGCCCCGGCUAACUAUGAAUCUCUCCCAUUGGGAACAAUACUCAAAUUUAGGCCAACACCCAACAAACUUGUCAAUAUAUGCUUCACUUUUGAGUUGAAAAGUUCUUGGCAGAUCUUGUAUCGCUCGCAAAACUCAUUUGGCGAGCCCACCGCCAUUGUCAUGACUGUUAUGGAACCAUUCAAUUCUCAACCGUCAAAAGUUUUAUCCUACCAAACAUUUCAAGAUUCUGCAAAUAUCAAUUGCAGUCCUAGUUAUGGGUUUCAAUUCGGAGCACCAUUAUCAACAAUCGCGUCUCAGCUAGAUAUGAGGUUCCUAGUACCUGCAUUGAAGCAAGGAUAUUAUAUAAUAAGUUCAGAUUAUGAGGGUUUCAAUUCCAGCUUUGUUGCCGGCCGACAGCUGGGUUAUGCAGUUUUAGAUGGUGUAAGAGCAGCAAUACGGUCACAAAGCAUCUCAGGUAUUCACCCUCUGGCAAAAGUUGUCUUAUGGGGGUAUUCAGGAGGAAGUAUUGCCUCUAGUUGGGCCGCUAGCUUACAACCCACAUAUGCACCAGAGUUGAAACAACACUUGUUGGGUUGUGCAUUGGGAGGCUUUGUUACGAAUAUAACAGCCACUGCGGAGAUUACUGAUGGUGGCAUUUUUGCUGGGUUGAUUCCUUUGGCUCUUCAUGGGCUCUCUAACGAGUAUCAAGAGUUUAGACAAGUUGUGCAUGACAACCUUGAUCCUCAACACAUGGACUUUUUCAAUCAAGGUUCCGAACGUUGCUUUGCUGGCGGUUUAAACUUUUUUCGAUUUCGAAGCUUCUUUCUGGGAAGCAACCGCACGUUUCCUCGUGGAUUUGACUUGCUUCAUGAUGAAACCAUUGGGAAAAUCAUCGAAGAGAAUUGCGUUUGCCACUUGAAUCAAACUUUUUUACCGCAAAUUCCAAUGUUCCUCUACCACGGCUUAUUUGAUGAGAUUGUACCAAUAACUGGUCCCCGUCACAUAUUCAAUCGAUGGUGUUCUUGGGGAAUUAAAUCAUUGGAGUUUGCGGAAGAUUUAUUAACUGCCCAUGUUGGACAGCAAAUUGUUGGUGCUGCUGCUGCUUGGACAUGGAUUGAAAACUUGUUCAACGGUGGAAAACCAGUGGAAGGUUGUGUCCAUACUCAGCGUUUAAAUAAUUUAUACUUCUAUCCUGGGGUAAAGCAAGAGACGAAAGAUUAUUUCUUGGGAUUCGAGUUUAGCAUACUUGAUUACAUUAUAGGUGGAAAAACACUUGAUUGGAAUGUUCUAUGA